GCCGCAGGCGGAAGUAGCAGGCAGCUGGGCGGAAGUGGAGUGCUGACACCCCGCGUUGCUGUAGGAGUGUUCGCGUCGCUGCAGCUCUCAACACAUCCCGAGUCUGGUGUUGCGCGCCCGCCUUUGCCAGGCUCAGGCUGUUUCUGAUGCUUGGAAGCUAUCCUUUCAGCUGCAAAGAUGGUAAUAAACCUUUGUCUCCCACAGUUCAGACCAAGAGUCCACUGCAACAAGAUAUCAGCUGAUGGUUAUGAAGUAGAAAAUCUCAUCUCUGAAGACCCCACAAAGAGAAGCCAUGGCUUUAGGACAGAGUAUUUCAUUAAGCCACCAGUCUACGUGACAGUGUCCUUUCCCUUUAAUGUGGAAAUCUGUAGGAUUAACAUAGACCUCACAGCUGGGGGCGGUCAGAACAUCACAGGCCUGGAAGUGUACACGUCCGCCUUAGCCAGCAGAGCAUCUUGGAGUACGCCUGAGUGCCAGACCCUGGGCCCAGCUGAGCCACCUGUCCCGGACAAGGAGGCCUUCACUUUGGUAGGCAAAGUCUUACUGAAAAACCAGAGCCAAGUGGUGUUUAGCCACAGGGGCUUCAAGGCCAGGCCACCUUUUGGACCAGUGGAAGUCACACUCCUCUCCCCUGCUGUUGUGGCACAGGAGCUCUGGAAUAAAGGGACUCUUUCCCUUAGCCACGUGGCCCAUCUCAAGAUCUGCAUCACCCACAUGACAGGUGGCGGUGUCCCUUGCAUCAAACGGUUGGAAGUGUGGGGUCAGCCGGCCAAGACCUGCUCUCAGGAGGUGAUAGACAGCAUCCUGCUGGUUGCCUCAGAGAGCCUGCCGCAGGACCUGGCUCCUCAGGCCCCGGCCUUGCCCAUGGAGAGUGACUGUGACCCCGGGGGGCAGUUGGAGGGCCAGGAGGCCCCCUCCAGCCUGCAGGAGCUGGCUGAGGGAAUUCAGGAUGUGCCCGAGGAGUUCCUGGAUCCUAUCACCCUGGAGAUCAUGCCUUGCCCCAUGCUGCUGCCCUCGGGUAAGGUCAUCGACCAGAGCACGCUGGAGAAGUGUAACCGCAGUGAAGCUGCGUGGGGCCGAGUGCCCAGCGACCCUUUCACGGGAGUAGCCUUCACUGCACACUCCCAACCCCUGCCUCACCCCUCCCUGAAGGCCCGGAUCGACCACUUCCUGCUCCAGCACUCCAUCCCUGGCUGCCACCUGCUUGGGAGAGCACAGACUGCAUUAGCAGUGACCCCUUCUUCCAUUGCUCUGCCCUCUCGGAAGAGGAAGAUGGAACUGGCUGAACACGCCCCACAUAGUAGCCUUGGUGUCAGUGCUUCCUGUUUUUCUACCACAAGCCCUCCGGUCUUACCCACUACCUCAGAGCACACCGCUAAGAGAAUGAAAGCCAGCAGUGAGCUCGGCUUCACGCACAUGGACUGCUCAACAGGUCCUGUGUCCCAUGAGCAGAAGCUGUCACAAAGCUUGGAAAUUGCCUUGACGUCCACCCUUGGCACCAUGCCUUCCUUCACAGCCCGGCUGACCAAGGGGCAGCUCCAGCACCUGGGCACAAGAGGGAGCAGCGCUUCUGGGAGGCCAGGCACCAACUCAGAGCAGCCUGGGAGCAUUCCGGGCCCCAAGUGUGCCUCCUGCGACAGCGUGUUUUCUCCCUACUUCAAAAAGGAGCCAGUGUACCAGCUUCCCUGUGGCCAUCUCCUGUGCCGCCCCUGCCUGGGUGAGAAGCAGCGCUCCCUGCCCAUGACGUGCAUGGCCUGCCAGCGGCCAUUCGCCAGCCAGGACGUGCUGCGGGUCCACUUCUGAGUGACUGCCUCAAGCGGAAGACCUGUUCCCAGCAGGAGCUGAGAGAGAGGAGCCAGGUCACGGCUCCCUGAGCCAGGCCAGGUUCCAGGCCUAGAGCGGCCUUUUCUUCCUCUGUCACCUCACAGUGUAGCACACCAAGUGAGGGGCCGGGCAGGGCCCUCCACUCCCGCUCAAGUGGCAAUAGGAUAACAGAGCCAUAGGCUGGGCCCGGAGGGCUUGGCCCGCCCUCCUGUGCCUCCCAAGAGCCCAGGGCCUGCUGGAGCCAGGCCCACCCUGGCAGGAGCUCCCCUGCUCAGAGCCCCCAGGUUGUGUUCAGUGCCCUCACACAGUGGGGCUCCGCCUCCAGGGUCGCCCAGAGGGGGCCUGGAGCAUGGGCUGUGUAGCGCCUGACUCAGCCCCCAAGGACAGAUGCUCCAAGCCUUAAUAAAGUGAUGGUGACGUCCGCUGUGGGCUCCCUCCUGGCAGAGCA